AUUCAAGGCAAUCAAAAAUGUAAAUUUCACCGUUAUACGAUUGCUUGCAAAUUCCGGUUAAAACGGUUAUGGACACGAUGCUGGAAGCGGUAAAAAUUCCCGAAUUUAAACGAUUAAAAGAAAACGAUCCAGCCGAAAGCCGAUCGGAAGAGCUAAUCGCGGAGCACAUGGAACGAAAUUUCGAAAAACUGGACCCACACAAAGACUGCGUGCGACUUUUUCAGCUCUGGAAACCUUAUUAUGAAACUCACAAAUCCCCCAUCAAGAAAGGCAAUCCGGUUGAUGUAAAGCGAAGUCGCUUUCACAGCGUAUACUCGGUUUCAGGUGUAAGCGAUGCCCGCCUGAGAAAAUCUGCCAUAAAUUAUGUAAAUUUCGUUGUUAGACAUGUAGUCACCCAUCCGUUCCGCGUGUUCCAGCGACAAUGUCAGUUGCACAAUCAUUCGGUGCGGUACAACGUAUUUCCGUGUGUCACCAGACUAAUCCGGAUUGUUUUCCGUUUGUAUCAAACGCAGGGAGUGAGCAGCUUCUGGAAAGGAUGCAGCGCUGUGCUUUUGGCCAGAGCUUUGCAGCUUUACGUCGAAGACUUGCUUUUUACAAGAACCAAUUGGCCAAAAGAAAUCAGCUUGCACAGUUCACUGAAAGAAUUCUACAGUCACGUCAUCUUAAAGUGUGUCAGUUUGGGGCUGCUGGCGCCGUUCUAUCCGGCCAUUUUGAUCCAAACGGUCCAAACUCACACCGGCAACGAACGGUUAUCGAUAUCGUAUAUAUUAAUGGAACCGCUGGGAAGGUUAGUAAUGCGAAAAGUUCCGACAAAAGUGAGAUUGUUGCCAGUGUGGGUCUUAAUUGUACCUACAGUCGCGUUCGGCUUGGCUAAAAGUUGGUUUACGCCUAUGAUGCAAAAAGCCGUUACUGUACUUAUGCAGCUGAAGUGUUCACCGGCACAGAAUUUCUAUUACACGAAAGAAUUGCGAGAGGAAGCCGUUCUAGAAGUGAUGGAGGACAUAGAGCUGCUCGCUCCGUUGAUCACUGACUUCGUAGCUGACGUCGUAUUUUAUCCGUACGAAACUAUACUCCACCGGUUAUGUGUUCAGUGUACGGCAACCCUCAUCGAUAAUAUCGACGAUGGUCAGUUUGUGGUCAGCACUUUCACGGACUACGAAGGGUUUAUGGACGGUUGCGCGAAAUGUGUCGCCGAGGAGGGCGCCGGCGGCCUAUACAAGGGCAUCGGGCUACUCGUUUUACGAUACGUCGUUCAUUUUUUUAUAAUAUGGACUACUCACCAUCGCCUAAGGGCGAGCAAACCUCGUGCGAAACUUAUCGAUUGCUUAGGCAAUUGGAAAUGUUUUCUGUCAUGAACGUCUGAUUUUUAUGCGACGUGGUGUUUCACUUGUAUAGUUUAUUAUUAUUGCUUGAUUAUUAUAUACGCGUUAUAAAACGAUAAAUAAACUUGAAAAAAAAAAAGAGA